GAUAAUUAUGUCGUUUCAGCAAAGAGCUCAUUUUAAUACACUUCCUACGUAUUUAUAUUCUGCCUGCAUUAAGCAAAACAAUAAGUUUGAUAGUCAGCAUACAAGGGCAGAGAACUGAAUGAACAAAAUAGUAGGUUUAAGAAUAACCAUGAUGUCCAUUUCGUGGAUAUUUGCUGUGAUCUUAUGCUUCGUUGUCUUGAGAGUGCAUGGCCAUGGGAAAAUAAAAGUUACAACGGAAUCUAAACUUGGCCCAUGCAAUGAAAGAAAUUUUGGGGAAUUAAUUUUGGUCAAUGAUCGUAAAGGAAAGAACACUUUAUUGGUCUGCAGUGAAGUUGAAGGAAAAUUUGGAUGGAGUACAACAAACGAUGAUGGUCAGACUGGAGAAAUAUCUAAUCCAGGACACGAUUGCAUGUCAAUAUUGGAUGUUAAUCCUGAAGCCAAAGAUGGAUUUUACUGGAUAACACUGAACAACAGAAAACCAAAGAAGGCUUGGUGUGACAUGAAAACUGAUGGUGGAGGAUAUAUUCUUAUCGGUAGAACGAAUAGUUCCGGCAUAUGGGCAGUUCCAUCUAAUGACGAUGCAGUUGAACCAUUUGGCAAACCCCACUGGUGUAGCGCGCUGGGAAACACUGAUGUUAUUGAUUUCAGAGUUCAGAUGGCUUCCGAAGAGGAUUUUCAAAAGACGAAGGCGCAUUGGGCUUACAGAUUCAAAACUCCGCGCAAGUUAAAGAAUCUUAUGAUAAACAAAGGUGGUUGUUCAAGCUUUUCCCCGGGCAUUGGAAAUGUGAAAUACGUGAAAAACUUAGAAACUGGACAUACAGUUACCACUCAAUUUCGAUGUUCAAAGUUUGGUAUUGGUUAUCAUCCCUAUACGAAAAUUGGUUGGACAAUGAUGAAUUCAUGUCUUGAAAAACCAUGUCCGUAUGGAUUUGCAUUUCACCGGAGAUAUCCCAUUCAGCAAGACUAUUCAGGAUCGUUCAGUUAUAGUGCAACAAAGAACAUUUCCGGAAUCGAAUACGGAGCAACGGCCCAAGUUGGGUGCAGCCGAGGACAUUGUUGUGGUUGCCACGGACCUUCAAGAGGUAAACGGAACUAUUGUUUUGAAAAAUGCAAAGCUCAAAAUGGUGGAACAAUUGAAUCACACAUUUACUCUUGGUUUUGGGUGAGGACGUCUUCCCACAAGAAAUUUUGGACCAAAUGCAUUGAUUACAAAAUGAAGGAAAACGACACUUUUGUGUGGUAUAAGUUAAUCGGAAACAGUGAAUCGCCGAUCGAGGGUCGGUGCGAUACAACAGGAAAAGCACUCUUGUACGGUGGGAUGCUGGUUAUUCCAGAUAAUACGACGGCAGCAAAAACUCCUGUAAUCGAUGGUAUGAUUGUGUAUCGUCAGGACACGGAGAAAGUUUAUGUAACAAAACAUGAGAAACUACACCCUUUAGCAGAAGAAGAAGAGGUACUUGAGAUAAAAGAGGAGCUUAACAAAUCUCUUGAGAAAAAUGAGAAAUUACUCAGGAAAUUUGAAACACUAUGGAAAGCGUUAAACAAAAGCAUCGUGGAAACAAAGACGCAGUUAGCUGAAGUCAAAUCUAUAUUAAAAGUUGGUGAAUAUAGCAAUCCUGGAAAAUCCUGUUUGGACAUUCUUCAGCGGGCAAAAACAGUAUCUUUGGCAAAUGGAGAAUACUGGAUUAAAUUGGACAAUAAACCACUAAAAGUAUACUGUGACAUGAAAGCUGACGGAGGUGGCUGGACAUUGGUUAGUAACCUCGUUCUAAAGAAUUCGAAUGGAAUGGAUUGGUCUCUCCAGAAUGAUUAUCGUCAAAUUAGUGAGUACGAAAACCAAAAGCUCGCUCUUUCAACAUAUGCUCUUCGUGACUUGGGAUCGAAAAUGUCGUUCAAUCAAGUCAGAUUUUUUUGUCGAAAAACGACUCCGGGACGAGUCUUUGAUAUCGCAACAAAUAAAACCAACAAUCUUGGUCAACAAGUUGUUAAGUAUUUUGCUGCUCAGUCGAACACCCUUCCCAAUAGUUGUGGAUCUUAUUAUCGUUUACCCGAUGACAAUUCAAUUCUGGCCAGUGAGUGUUCCCGAUGGGGUUAUCAAUCAAAGUAUUUUGUUGGUAAAUGGCAUCAUGGUGGUUAUCCCAUCAAAGAUCGCUUAUUUAAUCACGCGGCAUUUGUUGGAGGCUACGUUCAUUGGCUAGUUCAGCCUUCAAAUGACCGUUGGGAAUGCGAUGAUUUUGUAUCAUCCUCAGGAUACACUAAAUCGCCAAACGAUUUUUGGAAAAUUUUCGUUCGUUAAUUGUUGGUUUAUCGUGCUAUUCAUAGAACGUCGUAAAACACUAUACUUUAUGUAGCUUACCAAAUAAUGUUACUCAAAAAUAUAUAGCGGUAAUUUUUUGGUUUUGCA